AUGGGCAACAGGAAAAUAUCUGCCAAUCUCAAGCUUGCAGCUAUCCGUCUUCACGAGCAGGGCAUACUUCAGCUAAGUGAUAUCUUGGACUGUGUAGGAUUCUUGUGUUGUACCUUUUAUCGCAUCAAGAAGCUCCAUGACGAGACUGGCAAUGUUGUCAAGCCUAGAAGUGAAUAUCUUGGUCGUCCACGGACUCUCAACUUUGAAGACUUACAGUAUCUUCUCGAGCUCAUUUAUCAUCAUCUGGACUGGUUCCUCAACGAACUUACAGCUCUCAUGAAACGUAAUCAUUUUGUUGCUAUGCACUACACAACCAUCCACCGGGAGCUCGUAUGUGCUGGAGUCUCAUUGAAAAGCUCUGCAAGAUCGUGA